AUGUCAAACGAGGAGAUGAACCAGAAGGUCUUCCAACUUAUGUCUUGCAUGAAGUUGGAUGAUGAUGGAUCUCAGAUCGUACAGUACAUGCUCUUUGGUGAGGAGAUCUGCCGCCAGGCUUUUUGCACUCUUCUGGGGAUAAAUGUGAAGCGGGUUCAGCGGCUCAUGACGGGCCUCAAGUCUGGGCACGUGCCAGAUGAUCUCCGGCGGAUGAAUGCAUUCAUGGGCCUGGCAGCCUCUCAGGUGAGCAUCUCUGAGGUUGCAUCUUCCGUGGAUGACUACCUCCAUUUCGUCUAUCAGUAUUUGGCAGAGCCAUUGGCUGAAACAGACGAGCCCGAGCUGAAUCUGCAAGUGGCGGCUCUGGUUGAGCUUGAAGGAGUGGAGGGCCUCGAGGACCAGGGCCCUGUCUUUGACACGGCUCUGCCAGAGCAUGCAAUGGCGGAUACAAACCCUGUCAUUGAAGGCCUCCUGAACGUUGCAGGAUUGGGACCCGCUGAGCGACGGUUCAUGCAGUGGAAGACAUGGACCACUUUCUAUGAUGAGUACAAGAUUUGGUGCUCCUCCAAUGUGCCACGUCUGCGCCUCAUUCAGCGCUCGGAUGCGGUGAUGGAUUUCCGUCAGAUUCAGGGCCGGCUAAACAGUAUGAGUGAACAGAGCACGUGCUGCGGCAGCGUGCCUUCUGGCGGCGGCAUUUUAAAGGUCGACAUGGACUAUUGCGACCAGAGCAAAUUCAGGGUGGUGGAAUGCUACUUCCUCUACGAAGCCGACAUGGUGAAGAACCCGGGGACGGAGUUCAGCAUGAUGGCCAUGGGGCUUGAUGAAGCCGAGACGGACUUCAUUGACAGGAUUCAGUCAACGAUGAAGCCUGUGCGGGGCAGAGAGCUCGUGGUCAAAAUGGUCACAGGCUCCUACGACUUCUCCGUGUUUUUCGGCCACUUGGGUGUGCAAAUCGCGGGCCUUGACCUUCCCAAGUUCCACCGUGCAACUGAAACCAGCUGGACUGUGGAUGAGCUGGAGAAGGAGGAGUACAGUGCUGCACCCAACGAUGCCAUCAUGUUGGUGAAGGAAUGGGUCAGCAGCACAUGUCUGAGCCAGCCGCCACAGUUGAUUUUGCCGUCAUCCUUUCUCGACCGGCUGAAAGACGUGGCCUUGGCACCAAAUGGCCGGAAUAUGCUUCCACAGCGUACUGCGGAUGAGUUCUUGAAAUCUGCCAAAAUGUUUGGCUCAGAGCCAUGGAACCUCACGGAGGCUGAGAAUUAUUUGACGGCUUGGGUGGAUGCCAACCAACGAGGAGUGCACCCUGCCCCGCCCCAGCUCAAGUUUAUUUGGGUGACAGCCUCGCAUUUGGAUCUGUGGAAAGAAUAUGCUCCCGGUGAUGUCCGAGUGGUGACAGCCACAGCCAGGCCCAAGGCAAAAGCGGCGAGUGCAAAAGCCAACCCAAAGGCCGUGGCAAAGGCCGCAGCUGCUCCAAAAGCAGUGCCCAAGAACAAAGCGAAAGCCAAGGCUAAGGCUGUGGCUGCUGGCAACCAAAGGGGUCAGAAGAGGCCAGCACCCGACCAGGGAAAUCCCGAUCACGAGGGCGAUCCGCCGGCAGCCGCUGAUCCACGUGGCCGUUUCGGGUGCAGCAAGUGCCGAUAUUCCCGCGGCGGGUGCAGGCAAUGCCGUGAUCCUGCGUAUCAAGCCAGGCGACAUGCUGUCAGGUAG